CUCCUCCUCCGCCGCCGCCGCCGCCUCCCUCCUCUGGGCCUUGCCUCCUCCACCGGAUGGCGAAAAGGAAGAGUUCACCGCGUUUGGGCUUCACCUAUCACCGGGGAUGAAUCAGGCCUUAGACCAAGACCCGUAUGCGCGGGAGCCUCGCCGCCGUCACCGCGAAUGGCGCCGCCUUCCUCCUCCCGCUCCCCCACACCAAGCAGCUCCACGCGCGGCUGCUCGUCUCCUCCGUGCCCGACGACCUCCACCUCCGCCUCCGCCUUCUCCUCCUCCGCUCCUACGCCGCACGGGGGGACCUCGGCUCCGCGCGCCGCCUGCUCGACGACCGCCGCCACAAGGCCUCGCCUCUUCUCUACAACGCCCUCAUCCGCGCCCACGCCCGCCGCCUCGACCUCCGCGCGGCGCUCGCGCUCUUCGCCUGCAUGCGCCGCUCCGCCACAGCGCCUGACGCGCACACCUUCGCCUGCGUCCUCCGCGCCUGCGUCGACUGCUCGCGCCCCGACGCCGCCAGGGCUGCGCAUGCCAUCGUGGUGUGCUCGGCCAUGUCUUCGCAUCCUGUCGUCGGAAGCGCGCUCGUCAGCGCUUACGCGAAGCUUGGUCCCCUUGCCGACGUUCGCCGCGUGUUCGAUGGAUUGCCUGAGCCAGACUUGGUUCUCUGGAACUCCAUGAUGUCUGCUUAUGGGUACCGGGGGAUGUGGUACGAUGGCCUUGAUCUGUUCUCCGCAAUGAGGAGAGCUGGGGAGCAGCCGGAUGGGUACUCAAUGGUCAGCUUGGUCUCAUCUUUCUGGAAUCAUGAGGCGCUAGCUUUCGGUCAUGCCGUUCAUGGAGUGUGUAUCAAGGGAGGUUAUGAUGCAGGACACCAUGUGAGAAGCGCGCUUGUCAGCAUGUACUUCAGGUGUGGAUGCAUGGAUUCGGGCCACACCUUGUUUGAUAACUUGUUGGAUGCAGAUUUGGUUACAUGGUCUUCACUAAUUACAGGGUUAUUGCGCAUCGGCAUGUACGGGGACUCAUUUGAUUUGUUUCAGCGAAUGUGCCACUCGGGUAGGAGGCCUGACAACAUAUUGCUUGCUAGCCUUCUCUCGGCAUGUGCUUCUACAGUAAAUAUUAAUCAUAGCAAGGAGAUACAUUGUUUUGCAGUUAGGCUUGGAGCUCAUCUAGACAUCAAGGUCUCGUCUUCUCUAAUUGAUGCUUAUGCAAAAUGUGGUUUUCCUGAUCUUGCAUAUGGGGUGUUCUUCCAAAUGCCUAGUAAGAAUUUAGUUAUGUACAACACAGUCAUAUCAAACCUUGGUUCUCACGGUUUUGCAGUGAAAGCCAUUGAAAUCCUUGAUGAGAUGAUAAGUGACAACCUCAGGCCUGACAGUGCUACAUUCUCAGCAUUACUUGCUGCAUGUUGUCAUGCGGGCCUCUUGGAUGAAGGGUGGAAGUUGUUUAGCAGAAUGAGAGAUGAGUUCAAUAUAUUGGUUAAAAUAGAGCACUAUGUAUAUAUUGUGAGGCUUCUUGCAACGUUUGGUCAGCUCAGGGCGGCAUAUGAUCUUAUACAAACUAUGCCAGUACAACCAGAUUCCGGUGUGUGGGGUGCAUUGCUUUGGGGUUGCUGUGUCCAUCGUGAUUCCAGCCUUGGAAGGAUCGUUGCUGAGAGGCUAUCUGAGUUAUGUCCAGACAAGGCUUCUUACAGGGUCAUGCUUUCAAAUCUUUAUGCAUCACAGGAGAUGUGGUGGGAUGUCGAGGACGUGAGGGCUGACCUGACAAAUGACGAUACGCAUAAAAACACAGCGAUCAGUUGGGUUGGUGGUCAAGGAAAUGAUUAUCGGACAUCUAUUGUUUAGAGACAUGGCAUAGAUCAUGUACAUGUAAACUCUAUCGUGUCUUCAGAUAGAAAUGUAAUAGUUUAUGCUUGUUAGAUUUACCUUUAACAUACUUUUUGUUAUUCUAUCAUAGCAUUAUUUUUGCUGUUCCUGUGUAUAAGCAUGCAGUUUUAUGCAUGCCACAUUCUGUUGCUACUUCGUGUAUUACUUGCUAAUGCUGUCUAGUACCC